AAAAAAUAUCCAUUUACAGGCAGUACAGUACGACAAAACGAGCAUGAGCCACACCUGCAUCCCGAGUACGAGGAUUCUGACACAACGCGACGAGCAAUGAAACAAUUCGAGAGUGUGCCAAGCAAGCUAGAUUGUGGAGUUGUGUGUGGGGGAAAGACCACCGCAACUAGAUCCCACUCAGAUCUUAUAAAUGAUUCACAGAUCCAGGACGGGUAAAUGGCCUCACAGAACUUCUCUGCGGCUCUGCACGAAGCGAAAAAACGAGUAUUACUGUUUUCUCAUCGAGAUACCACCCAGAGUGGUGGUGGUGGUGGUGGUGCUAAAGAUGCUCGCGGUGACCCGCGGUGGCUACCGUGCCACCGUGACGAGCAUCUCUACGUUGCCGAUCGAUACACACAUCUACGCGGCCGAGAACACACACGAGACAACCAGCCACGCACACAGGGUUCGCCACAUCUCUAGCGGCAGAUCAGGGGUCGACAAGGGUAGCAUACAUAGAGGGCAAUCCCAGAAGGAGCCAAGUCCGGUAACAAAGUCAGUAACCUCUGUCUCCUCAGCCUUGCCGAACACCGAGAGGAGACGCUCUGGCGUGUUCUCCCCAACACUCUCUCAAAUUCACGUCCGGAAAAAACCUCAAUUCUCCUCACUUCCUACCUUUGGAACGGUAAACCUACAAACGGCCAACGGUCUACGGCCACCACAACCAAAGAAACAAAGGGUAGAAGUUCAGCGCCCAGAUCAUCACCCAGUCAAGCCCGCGCCAGUCAAGCCCGAGGCAACGUGA